AUGGCCGAGCAGUACGGUUACGAGCCCACCAACGGUGCUACCCCGGAGCCCGUCGACGUUCCUUCCGCCGAGCCUUCCCCCGACCACCAUGAGGUCGCCUACCUCAACGGCAACGGCUCUGCCGGCGCCGACAUCUCCACCAACGGCAUCCCCACCCCCGUCGUCGUCCGCAAGACCUUAAGCUCAUGGGUCGGUUUCUCCAACCUCCCCAACCAGGUCCACCGUCGCAGUGUCCGUCGAGGAUUCCAGUUCGUCGCCAUGGUUGUCGGCGAGUCGGGUCUCGGCAAGUCGACGCUCAUCAACACUCUUUUCGAGACCAAGCUCUACCAGCCCAAGGUCAUCCCCGAGCCCGGAACGGACCGUGGCAAGACUGUCAACAUCGAGUCCAUCAGCGCUGAGAUCGAGGAGAACGGCGUCCGUCUUAAGCUCACUGUCGUCGACACUCCUGGUUUCGGCGACUUCGUUAACAACGACGAGUGCUGGAAGCCCAUCGUCGACAACAUCGAGGCCCGUUAUGACGCCUACCUUGAGCAGGAGAACCGCGUCAACCGCCUCAAGAUGACCGACAACCGUAUCCACGCCUGCAUCUACUUCAUUCAGCCCACUGGUCACGCCCUGAAGCCCAUCGACAUCGAAUUCAUGAAGCGCUUGCACACCAAGGUCAACCUGAUCCCUGUUAUUGCCAAGGCCGACACCCUUACCGAGGAAGAGGUCGAGCUUUUCAAGCGGAGGGUGCUGUCUGACAUUCACCACCACGGUAUCCGCAUCUUCGAGCCCCCUCAGUACGAGCGCGACGAUGAGGAGACUCAGCAGGAGAACCAGGAGAUCAUCAGCAAGAUUCCCUUUGCUGUUGUCGGCUCCGACCAGGUUGUCCAGGCUCCCGACGGACGCAGCGUUCGUGGCCGUUCGUACCCUUGGGGUGUCAUCGAGGUCGACAACGAGACCCACUGCGACUUUGUCAAGCUUCGCCAGAUGCUCGUCCGCACGCACAUGGAGGAGCUCCGUGAGCACACGAACGACGUUCUCUACGAGAACUACCGUACCGAGAAGCUCCGCGCCAUGGGUGUCACGCAGGACGAGUCGGUCUUCAAGGAGACCAACCCGGCGGCCAAGCAGGCCGAGGAGCGCGCCAUGCACGAGGCCAAGCUGGCCAAGAUGGAGGCGGAGAUGAAGAUGGUCUUCCAGCAGAAGGUCCAGGAGAAGGAGCAGAAGCUCAAGCAGUCGGAAGAGGAGCUCUACGCUCGUCACCGCGAGAUGAAGGAGGCUCUCGAGAAGCAGCGUCUCGAGCUCGAGGACAAGAAGAGGCGUCUCGAGAGCGGCCGCCCACUCACGCCCGAGAAGGGCACCAAAAAGCGCUUCGGUCUGGGCAAGUAA